AUGGUGUCAGAGAGGGCGAGUAUUACAAACGUGGAACUGUUUCCAGGUCAUCCUAUCAAAGUGAUUGCAAAUCUUGAAGAUCUGGAGGAGCUAUAUCCCGUUAUUGAAGAAGCCGACUUAAUUGGAAUAGAUACUGAAUGGAAACCCUUGUUUAUUUGUACAAAUGAAAGGGUUGCACUUUUCCAAAUUUGUGUUCAACACUGCAGUUACCUUGUCGAUGUUAUCACUUUAGAAAAUGUGUUAACAGAAGAACAAUGGACACGAUUCUUCAAAGCUUUAUUUUGUGACAGCACUGCAAUAAAAUUAGGGUUCGAUUUUCUAAAUGAUCUGAAGGUUUUGCGUGCUUCUUACCCUUAUUUACAACCCUUGGAAGAGAUGAAGAAUGUGGUUUGUAUAUUGAAACUGGUGAAAAGCCUUCUGGCUUCGAAUCCAGCAUUUCUCGACUUUAGCGAUUCAAUUAACCUUCCAUUAUCAAGCGAAACUGAAAAUUUGUUGGAUAUUGUUUCUGAUGAAACAGUGCAUUUUCGACUAACUGAUUUAUGUCGGAAAGUACUUGGUCAGGCUCUGGAUAAAACAGAGCAGAUAGGUAAUUGGGCUAUGCGCCCUCUUCGCCGUGAGCAGAUGAAGUAUGCAGCUAUGGAUGGUUACUGUUUAUUGAAUCUUUAUAAUAAGUUAAAGAUAAGAGCUGAAAGAGAUUACAAUAUGGAUUGGACUAAGCACUGGAAGGAAUGUGAUAUUGCUCAAAUAAAGUCCAAAGAGAAUAAAACCGAGAAGAGGACUAAAAAGAAAGGAACCAAAUUUGAUGAAAAAGAAUUUGAACAAAUGAUUGAACGUGUAAAUUCUGACCUAAGUAAUGCACAAGUGAAAAGGAAACCAAAAGAUUUGAAGGUUAUUGUCGAUUCAAUGAUACUUGGUUUGGGCAAGCAUCUCAGAAGAUGCGGCAUUGACACGUUAUUAGCAGAAACACGGAAUUACUUGAUUGAAUGCGCAGAAAGAGACCCAAGUCGGUAUAUAAUAACGUGUGGAAAGGCGGUAGAUGAACUUCGAAGACAUCGGUUGUUGAGAGGAACACAUCGUGUAUUGUCUAUUCCAACCGCACAAAAUGUAAGCAUAAUUAAGCAGAUCGAAUUCAUCUUAAGACAGUUCAAUAUGUACUUAUCCAAAGAUGAUAUUUUUUCACGCUGCAUGAAAUGUAAUUCGAAUUCCUUCGUGGUCGCUCCAUCUCCCGUGCUAGAAGCAAUGUAUCAGGCAAAUGUUGUCGCUUCAAAUCCAUUUAGCGGCGAAGUUUGCGAUGCUGCAAAAUACAGUGGAAAAAUGCGAGAAGCUGACGCGAAAAUAUAUUCUGGAUACGAAUGUAAUCUCGAAGUCAGUGAAAGUGAUCAUUCAUGGAUAGUUGCACAUUGUCAUAAUGGUGUCUUAGAUAUCGAGAAUCGUCUAGUUGCUGCUCUCGGUUGUGAUAUGCCAGUUGAAGUUAAAAUAGAGAAAGUACCUUUGCAAGCUUUGCAGAAAAAAAGCAGGUUUUUUUAUGUCUGUGGUGUUUGUGGAACAGUAUAUUGGGAUGGUUGUCAUAUCGUUAAUUAUAAUGUGUUCGUUGAGCCUCUUUUGGCCGAAGAGAGAUAA